UGCAAAGACGCAAAGUACGACGACUGCAAGGAUAUCGGAGAUGCCUUUGAGUAUCGGAUCAAUCUGAGCAGCAAGCCGAUAUAUUGUUAUAAAUGUGGGAACCCAACUGUUGAAGCACCGGAAGUGAAUCUCUCGGGAACCAACAUAACAACCCCUGACCCCCAAACCAGCUUGAAGCCAGAGGACGCAGUAAAGAUUGUGGAGCAGCUGUCCUCUCUGGCUGUUCUGAUGGGAGACCGGCCUGCGGCCAGUGUGUCCAUCGGGGAGAUUAAGGGGGUCAUGGUCAAACCCAAAGAUGAAGACGACCUCAAGCAGCUAACCUUCGGGAGUGCCGACACUGGUCUAAAUAUAAUUCAAGAUGAGAGCGCCAGCAACCAAUUACCCCUGUCUGUGACAGUGUCCAAAGAAGCGUAUCAGAAGUCCUAUCAAAAGAAGAAAAAUGAAACCAUUGUUGGAGUUUUCCGUUUCCCCAAUAUGACAGUGGGUGGAAACCUGACUGCCCUAACGAAUAAGGUGUACGCCAUUGAAAUGGGAACAAAUAUUUCAGAUCUCUCAGAGCCGAUACAACUCAAAUUCAAUAUGAAAAUACCUGGAAGACGCAAUCUCUCCUGCCAAAGUUGGGAUGGAAACGGUAGCGAACCCAAUUGGACAGAAGAAGGCUGUAUCACUACACAGUUUGAUGACCAAAUUGUUUGUGAAUGCAGCCACCUGACCUUCUUUGCUGUUCUAAUGUCACCCCCUGGUGAAGAGCCGAUUUCAGCUUCGGAUUUGGGGACCCUAACCUACAUCUCCUACAUCGGCUGUGGUGUGUCUGUGUUCUUCCUUGGGAUUGCACUGUUCAUGUUCUUUUGCAUAAGGAAGGCGAAGGCCAGCAACGCCACCCAUAUCCUCCUCCACCUGAUGGUGGCGCUCUUCCUGCUUAACCUCACCUUCCUGACCAACGAGUGGGUGGCCAACCUGGGCAUCGACGUGGCGUGCAAGAUCAUGGCGGCCGCCAUGCACUACUCCAUGCUCAGCUCCUUCUCCUGGUUCGCCGUGGAGGCCUUCCACCUCUGCCUGCAGAUGACCAAGUACUCGGCAGUGUCCAUUCCCCACUACAAGCUCAAACUCAGCAUCGUCGGAUGGGCCCCCCCUGCCAUUGUGGUGCUGGUCAUAUUCAUUUUGGAAAAGUACAGUCUAUUAACAAUUCCCGCUGCCAAUGGAACCGAAGCCAAAUUGUGCUGGAUCGUGGACAGCACGGUCCACUACGCGGUCAACAUCGGCUACUACUCCAUAGUCUUCCUCUUCACCUUCGUCAUCUUCGUGGUCAUGCUACGCUGGCUCUGCUACAUGCGCAGCAGCUCCAAGGUCAAAGGUCAGAAGAGCAGCAGCACCAGGUCCAGUGACGUCAUCACCAUCAUGGGCCUCUGCUGCACGCUGGGCGUGGCCUGGAGCUUCGCCUUCUUCAGCCACGGGGCCCUGCGAUUGCCCUCUUACUACAUCUUCUCCAUCCUCAACUCCCUCCAAGGCUUGUUUCUCUUUAUAUAUUACUACAACACCAGCAAGCUCAUUGGAGAUGGCGGCACUUCCUCAAACUCAACCUCAUCCACUGAUACUUCAACCUCAAAGCUGGGAUUUCACAACCCUUAUGAAAACGAAUGAAACAAAGGUUAAAGGUGCACGGUGUAAGAUUGUGGCCAGAGCGGGUAUUGCAACCAUGCUGCUCAUUGAAACUGAGCUGCCUGUUUCCAAAUUUGACCUUUUCAUGAAUAUUUACUAAUAGUAGAGCGGCUACAGGAAAAAUCGUGCAAAUUAUGAUACUUUUGCAAAUACUGAUAUGCUUUUUGGGGGGGCAGCUUCACGCAGGUCUACCUGAGUCCCAGGUGAGGAUGGAGGACAAUACUGGUUAUUUUGGAAAUUGAGCCAUGAUAUUGUAUAGGCUAUACACCAGGAGAACUGUGUGUUUUGAGAUGGACCAUAUUACAGUCGGCUACUACUACUUCUUUAUUUGUGCUGCUCUUAUUUCUAUGUGUUUAGGGAAAACAUUCUUAGGUAUUCUUCAUUCUUUAUACCAACUUAAAGUGCUGUCAAUCAACAAUCCACUGACUAUUCGUAAGCUAUAAAAUGUUUUAACCUAAUGCUGCAAAGUAGGCUAACUGAUUAUUCAAACAACGGUGGACAACACUUUCAAGCUGUCUUCUACUUUCAAUUUCCAAGAAUUAAGAGUGUGCUUUUAGAGUAGGCCUACCCGUAAUUUGUGCAUGCCAGCGCAGUCAUUGUAAAUAUAGGCCUACGUAUAUGAGGUAUAUUUGCGCAUGCCAGUGCAGUCAUUGUAAAUAUAGGCAUAUAUAUUUAAUAUAUGAUACAGAGAUGGAGGUACUAUUAUUACAAUUAAUAACUCACUUAGCCUACAAUGUGCUCUGUGUACUCUAAUAAUUUAGGCCUUAUCAGAACUACACGUAUG